AUGGCAAACAACGACAGAGUCGGUGGGUUCUCUUGCUCCUAUCCGGGCUGUGGCAAGGUGUUCAAGGCCAAGAGCACCCUCACGACACAUGUCAAGGGCAUCCAUGAGGAUGCAUAUAUUUGCAAGGGAUGCGGCACCAAUUUCAAGGAUCCCUCCAAUCUCAGGAGGCAUCUAGCCAAGUGUGCAAAGGCAUCUACGGACGACAAGGCUAAGGCCAGCGCCUCCUUUAUUUGUGUGUGGCGCUCAUGCAGGUACUCCAGCCGCAGAGACAAUGUGAUACGGCAUCACCGAACCUGCAAAUUGAAGCCCGAGGGCUUAGAUGCCGCUUUUUCUCCUCUCCCUCUCAGGCUGAGUGAGGAUGAGAAGGAGCAGGUCAAACACGGCCAGCUCCCUGCCACUAUCAAACAGAUUGGGCAAGAAGACCUCCCGACUCAGCAGGAGGCUCCUGGACCACAGGUCCAUGUCGAGAAUUUGGGCGGGGCGUUCUUCAAAGCCCCAUUGCCGAGCCCUGAAUCUUUGGGCAAUCCCCUCCAGCUUCAAGAGCAGGUACCUGGACAAAUUUUCCAAGUCCAGAACUUCGACGGGGCUUUUCAAGCUCAAUGGACACCUCCUGAAGCUGGAGGAAACGCCCUCCUAUGUCAACAGGAGAUACCUGGACCACAACUCCAGGUUCAGGACUUCAGUGGGGCGCUCCAAGCCCACCAGGCGAAUCCUGAAAGUUGGGAAGAGCCCCUCCCACGUCAACAGGGGGUUACUGGACCACUAGGCCAGUACCCAAGCCCAGAAGAGGUCAACGCCGCGAAUACAACGCAGUGGUUGACCCCAGAGGAGAAGAUAGAAAUGUACAUCCGACCGGCACUACUUCUUCUUGAUUGGGUGGAUGGACAGCGUCGCCUUGCAAAAGCACAACAACCACGCUCUCCACGCAGACAAAAUCAACAUUGGAACUGA